AUGGGGGGGGGGGCAGCAGGAGGCCCGGCCCAGAAAGGAGCCGCUUCAGGGAGGAGGAAGGCCCCAAGGCUCGCCGCUCCCUUCUUUCCCGUCUUCUUCAGGGUCUGCCAGUCGUCAGGAGCCGCAGCCCAGAGCCGCCGCGGCAGCCAGGCCAGGGACUGCGAGCUCUUCUUCGACAGCCUCCUGGAGGAAGCGCAGAAAGCGGGCGCCCCUCGUGGGCCCUCCGCUGACUCGAGACAGGCCGACGUGAGCAUUCAGCUCUGGCAGAACGGCUUCACCGUGAACGAGGAGUUCCGCAGCUACAGGGAUGGAGCCAGCAGGCAGUUCCUGAGUGCCAUCCGAAAGGGGGAGCUGCCCUCGGAGCUGGGGGGCAGGUUCAGGAAGGAGGAGGUGGCCGUCCGGGUGGAGGACAAGCAGGACCAAGUGUACGUGCCCAGGAAGCCCGCCUUCGCGCCCUUCUCGGGCCUGGGCCACCGGCUGGGCAGCGCCACCCCCAGGAUCGUCUCUAAGGCCAGCGGGACGGACGCCGGGCAGCCGAAGCCGCCACCGCCGCCACCCUCCGUCCCCCUCAACCCCUCGGAGCCCGUCACCAGCCUCCGCAUCUGGCUCGCCGACGGGAGGAGGCUCGUGCAGAGCUUCAACGUGUCGCACAGGGUGAGCCACGUGCGAGACUUCAUCCGGAGCUGCGAAGGCCCCCAGAGGGGCGGGCCCUUCACCCUGGUCACUGCCCUCCCCGUCCUCAAGCCGCUGGACGACGCGCUCACCCUGGAGGAGGCCGAGCUGCAGAACGCCGUGGUCAUUCAGAGACGCCAGGCCCCCCGGGCAGCUGGCCAAGGCCCGUCCUAGCCCGCUGGGGAGGGGGCGGGGCUGCUCUGGGCUCCGCCCCGGCAGUGGGCGGGGCCGCGGACCCUGCGCGUCUCCAGAACGUUUUUUGACUUGGGAGCUGCUGCUUGACCCUCGGCCCCUCCGGCCGCCUGCCUGCCUGCCUGCCUGCCUCUUCCGUUGCCCCCUCACAGCAAGGCUUCUGGCUUGGGGCCUCCCGAGCUCCUCGCCCUCCCGGCCUGCCGCUUCCUUCCCCUGCAGUCCCGGGCCAGCGUUCCUGGUCGGCAUGACAACACGUGGGGGGCGGGGUCAAGUCGGAGGCCACGUGCCGCGAGCCCCGGGCGGCUUCGUGUGGAUGUGCGAGGUCCAGGCUUGGGGGGCUCCCUGGGAAAAGGCUGCCGCACGCCCACCAUUCUAAGAGCCGACCCAGAGAAGGGGAGGGAGGCUCGGCAGCCGCUUCGUCGCCCCCCGAAAUCCCGGAGCCGCUCCUCCUGCUGAGACUGACAAGAUGGCGACCGACGGGGGGGGGGGGGGCGCGCCAGAAAGAGCGGGUGCCCCGGGCGGCCACUUCAGUGCCUUACGGGAUUCGGGCGCGGAGGCGGCGGCGGCGGCCUUCCCUCUGGCCCGGCCAUGCACUAAACUCGGGUUUCCAAUAAACGUGGA